UUCAAAAGAUGGCGCCAAAGUCUUUCAUGUCAAAAAGUAUUUGUCAUUUUCGAAAUUAUUAGCAGAACAUUAUGGUUAGUGUCGUGUAUUUGCUAAUCAAAGCAUUCAGAGAAGAAGGAAGAGCAAUCGAAGUAAGAAAAAGCAUGAACAAAUGGUGGGUCACUGGAAGGACAUCUAGUGGUGAGAUUCAACACUAUCUCUUAGACGUACCUAAAGAUUGACUUGCUAGGUGUCAUGGCUGUCGACAUUCCAAAAGCUGUUAUUGUUUUCAGUGGCAAACGGAAGUCUGGAAAAGACUUCAUCAGUGACAAACUCCAGGACUUAAUAGGGAAAGAUAAUUGUGGAAUUAUGCGCCUAUCUGGACCUUUAAAAUCCCAAUAUGCUAAAGAGCACAAUCUUGAUAUUGCGAGACUACUUGAUGCAUCUGAAUACAAGGAAACAUAUCGGGCUGACAUGAUUAAAUGGGGUGAAACUCAGCGACAAAAAGAUCCAUUUUAUUUUUGCAAGCUUGCCACUCGCGGCUCAGAAUCACACAAGCCUGUAUGGAUUAUAAGUGAUGCAAGGAGAAGGACGGAUAUUAAUUAUUUUCUCCAAAAUUAUACCAAUGUUUUAGCUACCAUACGUGUGGUGGCAGAUGACAAUAUACGUAUUGCUAGAGGUUGGGUUAAAACCCAAGGCAUCGACGAUGCGGAGUCUGAAUGCGGAUUAGAUGAUUAUGAAGCAUGGACAUUUACAAUAAAGAAUAAUUCCAAACAAGAUGUAGUCCAUUCUUCAUUGAAUGAUAUUGUAAACUAUGUUCAGAAGAAAUUGAAUACAAGUUGACCUGCUUUGUCAUCAAGGUUUACUCUUGAGAGUGGGUGAUUAAAUGUUAUAAUGUGAACUAAAAAAUGGAAAAAAUUUAAAUGCACAUUUCAAUUUGCAAAAUAUGAUUCUUUGUACAACAGAUAUCAAUAGUUCCCAGUGAAUUACAUUAACGAGUUUGCUAGAUCAGAUAAAUAUGUAUUUUUCUGCAUUAUUAUUCAAUAUAAAAAAGUGAAAUGAGCCCCCAAAUAUUUUUAUGAAUAUUUUUGAAGAUUCUUUUCAAAUACAGACAGAAUGUACAGUUAUGCCGGUGGACAAUAAAGUACAUUUAUUGUGGUCUCCUUGUGGUACUAAUGUACAUGUAUUAAAGAAUAAAAU